AUGGCUGGCACUGGGGAGGAGAUGGAGUUGGAAGCUGAGGUCGAAGAGCACAUUCAGUCGUGCGCGACGAGUAUACCAAUUGACGAUCAAACUAGUUUUGUUGCGAAGUUGGCGAGCAUGUGUCGGACGAAACAUCCCACCGACAUCGAGUCAGUUUCAGCAGAGGUGAAGAGCUUAUGGCUGAAAGAACUUGCUGUCGGGGAGGCGAAGCUAUUGAAGCGUGGAAACGCAUUGCGCAAUUGUGUAAAGUGGAGUCAUGAAUUGGAAAAUACCAUAUGCGGCGUCAUCGUUUCCCUUAUGAAAAGCAUUGAAAAACGAGAGGGUGCUGAUGCAGUUACAAUGCUUGAAAGCGUGCGGAGCUUGGUGCAUUUCAUAGGAGCCUGCACCCACUUACCGAAAUGGGUUUUGAAGAAAGCACUGGGGCUUCUCUCAUCGCACGCCGAUGUCGAGGUGCGCGAGGCAGCGUAUCUGAUCAUACAUUCGCUUGCGCUGACUGUGCCGUUCCCAUUCUUUACGCUUUGUAUGCGUGGCCUAUACUGGACAUAUGUUUCUACGUGCAGCAUGUUGGAUACUUGCUCCGCCAGUCUAGAUUCCUACACAGCAGAAGAUACAGAGAUGGAUACAAAGAUGAAGUUAGUGAAAUUGUACGACACAGAAAGUAGGAUGGCUAUGUUGAUGAAAUGUUGCACAGAGAGUAUGGCCAUGGACCCGAAUUCGGCGUAUACGUGUGGAUUUGUAUACAUGCGCGACUUGGCCAUUUCCGUGUCAUCAGCGAUGCAGAACAUAGACGAUCAUGACGAAUGGGCAAAUACCGCGGAUGUGAUUGCUGCCAAUGACAGGGCGAAAGAAGAAAAGCGGAAGGCACUUGCACGCGUGACUUCGUGGGCACACUUGGGCCAGCUGAGUCUUUGGACCCACGCAUUAGUAGGCACAGACAAUGCUAUGACACCUGAGACACGGGCCGUUCUCGCACCAUUGGCCUACCCUUUGAUUCAAGUCAUUGUCAAUAGCAUGAACGUUAUUGACGUCGCGGAUUCGUAUCGAACAGCGCCAUUCCGACUGCAUUUAACGAAACUUUUGCUGUUAAUUAAGGGCGGAAGCAGUGGUGUGCAUGUGUCGAUCGGGUUUGCCUUGGCUCCUCUCGUAAGCUAUGGCAGUGCUUCCAUCAAGACUAUGUCAUCGCGAGAGAAGAACAGUAGUUAUGUCAGUGCUAAACUAGUGAAGGCAACACUGGGCUCGUUGGCAGUCAUUCCAACUACGUGGAUGAAUAGCCGGGAUUGUAAACUGGCCGUCUUAGAAGUAACCUUGGCGCUACUUACGCAAUAUGUUGGUGUGGUGGCAUCGUGCGUGAGCUUCCCCGAAGAAGCACUAGUGAUUACUCACAUUCUAAGACAGUUCGUCAAUGGCGGUGGUAGGUUUAGUGGUGAAUUGAAUGCCGAUGAGCUUGAAUCUGAGCUAUCGCAAAGUGACAAGAAGAAUCGGCUGAUAAAGAUGAUUCGAAAUUUUCUGGCUGAUAUGGAAAAGCAUAUGACUGCCGUCGAAGUAAUUCGGAAUCGGAUGCAAACUGGACCGAGAGAUAGUAACAGACACAUUCCGAAGGCCAGCGUACCUAGUAUUGGCGCAUUUCCUAUUGUGAAAGUGUGUGAGGAAGUAGUGAAAAAAUUAGUUGCAUAGGCCGCA